UGCACUUCAGAACCUAUAAUUUCUUACGAUCCCGCGAGCUAUAAAUCUCCAUCCUUAGAAGCUUCUCGCUCCUGUGGUUGGUUCCUGCGUGGGGCUUCCUCAUGCUUUUCUCUAAUCCCUUUCGCCAACUCCGCCUUCCAGGACUUCUCUUUUUCUCUCCGAUUCGAUAAAAACCCUUCAAGGCAAUGUUCGAUUCCUCCAAAAUGGCGGUCUUUUGGGUGCUCUGGCAGCCCGGAUCUCUGCAUUUCUAGGGUUUCAGCCCUAUUCUCUGUAUUCCCUGGGAAAAAUUCCGCUUUUGGAACUCAGCAUCGACCGGAGACGACUUGUUUCGACCGAUCUUUGCUGCAUUUCUUUCCUUCUUGGAUUUCGGAGAUUGGAGGUUAGUGUCAACAAAUCCGUGUACUUCUACCGCUUUGAUUGGUGUCUUUCUGUAGCUGAGAAGUCUUUUUGUGAGGGUUGUUGAGGUUUUCUCGGUCGUGUUCUGUGAGAGAAGCCCUUGAUCGUUGAUCUUGAGGGUUUUAGGUUAUCUCAGAUCUGCCAUUGCUAGGGUUUUGUAGUGCGAGUUCUCUGAUUUUUCUUGCUUAUCUAUCGGGGGUUAAUUUAUUUGUGCUGCUUAAAGUUGGAAGAUUUGUAGUUAUGGAGAAGGAUAAAUCCCCAGUCCAUGGAGGUGUUGGUGGCAGUGGUUGUGGUUUACCACCUCCAUCAUCUCGGUAUACGGCCUUUGCCUCACCAUCCAGCGGCUUCCCUGUUAAAUGCGAGGCCUCAUCUUCUUCUUCGGUUACUGGGGACGCUUCCAAGUUUGGCCAUUUUAGUCCGGCAGUGGUGCCGGAGACCGGGCAGUUCAGUCAUGAUAUAAGCGGAAUGCCAGAUUACCCACCAAGAAAUGCUGGUCACCGAAGGGCUCAAUCUGAGAUUUUGAGCCUCCCCGAUGAUAUUAGCUUCGACAGCGACCUUGGGGUUGUAGGCUCUGGUGAAGGCCCAUCGCUGUCUGAUGAGACUGAGGAAGAUCCGCUCUCUAUGUACCUUGAUAUGGACAAGUUCACCUCAUCUUCUGCGAUUUCUGGAUUGGAUUUGCUGGGGAGUGAGACUUCAGUGACUGCAGCAGCGCCUGCUCCUACUUUUCCUCCUCAGACUGAAAAUUCAGCCGCAGCUUCUAAUGAGAGGCCAAGGGUGAGGCACCAACAUAGCCAAUCUAUGGAUGGAUCUACUUCAAUCAAGCCGGAGAUGCUGGCAUCAGGCUCGGAAGGACCAUCUUUAGCAGAAACAAAGAAAGCCAUGUCAGCUGCAAAGCUUGCUGAUCUUGCACUGGUUGAUCCAAAGCGAGCAAAAAGGAUCUGGGCGAAUAGGCAGUCAGCUGCUAGGUCAAAAGAAAGAAAGAUGCGCUACAUUGCAGAGCUUGAGCGGAAAGUGCAAACCCUGCAGACAGAAGCUACAACAUUAUCAGCUCAGUUAACCAUGUUACAGGCCCCUGCAUAUCGGAGCCUUCAUACCCACAUGAGGUCACAAACUAACUUUUUCUGCAAAGCUCAUGUUUUGAUUCACUUCAUAUUUAUAAGUAUGCAAACAGCUAAAAUUUGUAUUCUGUGUUAUAAAGGGUUUUCUCUGAAAUUAUUAGUAUGGAUUCCUGAUUUAGGUAUUCCAUCCUGCAAUCAAGCUUUCAGGAAAAACUAUGAUGCUAGUUAUUACUGAGAAUUUGUUUCUUUCUAUUUUUAAGUGGUGGUACUCAACUUUUACAUUGAAAUAUAUGUUCUUCAUGCUGAGGAACCUGUAUUAUAAAGCGAUAGGAAAAACUAAUAUGGAAACAGCUAGCGUAAAAUGCAGAUACUUAGGAGAUAGACAAUAUACCAUCCUCGACAUUUUUCCAGUUCUACUUCUAAGCACGUUGUCUUGUAAGGAUCCCAUUUGUUAACGUUCUAUGUAAAAACAAAAGGACAAUGCUAUGGUAAUAAUUCAAGAAAAGGGAGAAAACUAUAAUAGUGAUAACAUGAUGUUUGGAGUAAAGCAUGUACUAGUAGUAAAUCUGAAUUGACAUACACACAUGCAUGAAAGGACAAAGCUAUGAUAGUGAUUAAGAAAAAGGACAAAGCUAUGAUACUGAUGACAUGAUGUUGGAGUCAAACAUGCAUUGGUAGUAAAUCUGAAUUUGCAUGCACACACACCAGAAAAGAAAAAGAAGGAUGAAGCUAUGAUACUGAUAAUAUGAUGUUGGAAUAGCAUGUACUAGUAGUAAAUCUGACCUUAUCUGGUUUCCUGACAAAGUUCCUUCGCCCUAGUGAUAAUAUUUCAGUAGUCUUCGAUU